CACCAAUUUCAUCGUAAUGUAUUAAAGGUGUGUCGAUUACAAUUAUUGAAGGUGUGUCGAGAGUCCUAAAUUCUAAAAAAUUAUACCGACAAAACAUGAGUCUCUCACAAAAUAUUCGAGCGAAAGUGUGUCGCUUGACACACUUCCCUAACACAUGGUUUCUACCCUUUUCUUAACAAUGCAAAUGUCAAACUCUAUGUUGCAAAGCAAUUUGCAAUUGCAAGAGAUGGAGGGUUUUUGUUGUUGUUGGUAAGGUCAGGACUCAGUGUGCGGUGGAUAUUCUCUAGAUUACUAUUAGGCCAACUCCUUGAGGUUAAUGGAGGGGUAAUUGCUUAUUUUGAAACAUUGCUAAAUUAACAAGUUCUUAAGCAAUGUGUAAAUGAUUUUUUUAUUGUUAGUUAAUGUUCAAUGAAAAGUAUUUUGAUAGAUUUAAAAUAUUAGUUGGGACCCACAAUAGCAAUUACGAACAAAAUUUAGGGAUGUAGUUUGCUUGACAUUUUUAAGAAACAAUUGCUAAAAUUGUUAAUGUGGUUGUAGAGACCAUAUUUAGAAAUCGGUAGGGAUAAAGAUGGUCUUAUAGAUUUCAAAAUUGAAAAUAAAUAGUAAGGAAAUAAUUGUUGAGAUAGACUUUGUAAACUACAUGCAAAAAAAAAAACUUUGAUUGUGAUCUUUAUAUAUAUGGUGAUAUAGUAAUAUACCAACAUGUAUUUUGGAGGGUGUGACUCUAUAAAUACUGGACCAUAACCUCUUAUUGUUCCCAAACAUCUACACCGUAAAAGAAUUCUCUUCUCUCUUUCAAUCUCUUCUUCUUGUUUAGCAAUGUUGCAAAUUUUGGUUGCACUUGUGCUGUUGGGAAACAGUGCAACAGCCCAAAAAAUUAACUCUGCCAACUGGGCCAACAGUGGCUCACCUCAAAUUGCAUCUUCAACUCCUCCACAUAUUUCAAAUUCGGAUGCCGCUCCGAGCUAUAUAAGUAAUGAAUUUACUUUAAUUCAAUCUUAUUAAGUUUUUUUUUUGUGUUUUUAUGGUUACUUAAUUUUUAAUGAAAUUAUUAAAAUAUUAUCAUUUUUGUUGUUUUAGUCCAGUAAUAAAACAUUUCUAAUAAAGAAAUAAAGAAAUAAAUUAUAUAGCAUAGAAUUCAAGGUUCAUACUGACAUACGCUUACCUUAUCAUAUGUUGGUCGAGUUUUGUUAUUUAGACCAUGAAUUAAUCAGAGUUUGGGGCAUGAUACUAUACCCUAACUUCUAAUGGGAACCCUAGUCCCCAAUUCUCUAACCCAAACCAGAAAUUCAUUUAUAAAAUAAAAUAAACGGUUAUUAUUCAUCAAAAUUAUCAAAAUACAUAUAAUAGGUAUGAACGCAUGCAUAUUGCAUACACUAAUCUUUGUCAUAAUAGAAAAAAUGUAAUGACAAAUAAACGAUUACUUUAUAUAUUUACAGGAGGUCGAAAGAUUGCUUAUGAGCCUUCUAUCUCCAUCGAUAGAUGUGUUCCCUCUGGUCCGAAUCCAAUACAUCAUCGUUGUGCACCAACACCUCCAACGCCUCGGCAUAUGCCAAAUUCGGAGCAUGUAAAAAGUAAGUUAUUUAAUAUUUUAUAAGAUAUAAAAUACAUCAGGGUUCAUCUGCACGGGUGCACCGACACCUACAAAGCCUUCUCAUAAGCCAAAUUGGGAUCCAAUAACAAGUAAUUUGUUUGAUAUUUUAUAAGUUAUAUAAGUAAUAAAAUUACUUUAAUUCAAUCUUAUUAAGCUUUUUUGUGUUUGAAUGGUUACUAUGUUCUUAUAAAAUUAUUAAAAAAAUUGAGUUAGGAAUAGGACUAUGUAUUCAUAAUUUUUGUUUUGUUUUAGUGAAGUAAUAAAACAUUUCUCAUAAAUGAUUUAGUAUAUAAUUCAAAAAAAUUAUGGCAUAACAAAUAAAAGAUUACUUUACAUAUUUACAGGUGGCCGAAAGAUUACCUUUGAGCCUUCUAUCUCUGUUGAUAGAUGUGUUCCCUCUGGUCCGAAUCCAAUACAUCAUCCUUGUGCACCUAAACCAGCACCUUCAACGCCUCCGCAUAUGCCAAAUUCGGAGCGUAUAACAAGUAAGUUAUUUAAUAUUUAUCAAAUAUAUAAAAAUAGAAUUCUUACUAAUAUAAUCUCACCAAGAUUUUUUUUUUCUAUGGUUACUAAGCUUCUGUAAUAAAGUUAUUGAAAUGUUAAAUUGGAAAUAGGAGUAUGCAUUCAUCAUUUUUGUGCUUUAGCCAAGUUGAGUUGGAUAAAACGUAUAUAUUCAGUAUCUAAACUUUUUGACAACCUCACAGUGUUGGCUGCGUAAAUUGCAGGACGGUUGAUUGGGAGGAAGAUUGUUGAUCCGGCCAAACCCUAUACCAAAAAGGAGUAGACAGAUAGAUCAAGGGUGACCGUGAAUGCACAACUCUAGUGGAAGAGUGUCAAGACUUCAAACUAUAAUCUAUAGUUGAUAAAAAAAUGUUCUAUGUGAACCAAAAUAACAAAUAUUAUGUUUUGAACUGUUUCGUUUUUCAUGUAGUAAUCGUAAUGAAGUGGUUAUAUUUCAUACAUGAAUCCCUCCAAACAUUCCAAUUUAUUGUGAUUAGUUUGUUUAUGACAUGAUAUGAUCAGUUUGGUUAUAUUAUGUUUUGCUUUCUCCCUUAAUCCAAUACUGCUCUUUCUAGAUCGCUGAUCAAUUAACAUUCACACCAAUACUUCUUUUCUGUACCAAUGAUUGUUAUUAUUAUGACAGGAUUCACCAAGUGGAAAGAUCAGUUGCUUGAAAUUGGGUCGGGAAAUGGGAAGCUCGAAGCUGCAUUCUUGCAAGAACAGUGCGGUUAACUGCUGCCAAUUCUUACUGUGCAGAAAUUAAAGUUGUCGUCUUUGUAUGUUCCAAAUUAUAUAUGGGGUCGAGCUCUCGACUCGACAGCUUCUUUGAACCCAGAGGAUGUACUGUGUACGUACGUUUACGUUUAAUGCAAACUACUGCUAGCUGCAAAGGAGUUGGGUUGGCUUUGUGCUGUCUUCAUCAUCAUCGUCCCAUAUUGUAUGAUCUCUUACCAGCUUUCUGCCUACGUACGUACAGUCUUGCUCAAUCGUAUUAGUUGAAUGAUGCAGACGUAUAGCCGACUUAGCGUUUGCCCUCAGAAGAAGCGAACUAAUACAUGCUGCAGUACUCGAGAAUUCUUCACAAACUUAUCCUCCAGUUGUCUGUAAUCACAGAGAAAAUAGUCAAAUACUAGCAAUAUUUACAACUAGCAGUACGAAUCGGAUUGCCGUCUUAGCUCAGCCGGUAGAGCGCGUGGCUUUUAACCACGUGGUCGUGGGUUCGAUUCCCACAGACGGCGUAACUCAAUCUCUUUUUUCACAGUAACGCAAUGGGGCAUUUCAUUUUCAACAUUCCUGUAACUUCUGUUCUCCUAUUUUUCUCUCCAAGUAAUCUGACGGCUUGACCAUUGAACAGUGAAAACAGACAAGAAGAGUGAGAGGAGGGUUCCAUUAAAUUCUUUUGCUGCCAACCCCAAAUUUAUUUAUUUCGUUUCAGAGAAAGUUCUGCACAUUUGGUACAGUUCAUGGGCUUCACGUCGUCUCACCCUCUCUCACCAAUCUGCUUCACGAACCCAGAAAAAUGAAAAGGGAAAUUAAAUGGAGAAACCUUGAGAAAAAGGAAUCAUGGGAUAGCCAUGCACUUCACUAAAUAUAUUUACCCGCCACCAACCGGCCAUCCACCGCCACGCCACGGAAACUGCCCUUUCCUUCCCCUUCACUUUCUCCCCCCGCGCUCUUUCAUCCAUUCUGUUUCUUUCUUCUUCAUUUGUCAACUCUUCUGUUCCACCAUCACCUACCUUUAAUGGCAUCCACGAUCAUCCUCCAAACCAAACCUUCCCCUCUCUACUACUACUACUAUAUCAUUACAAAGCCUAACCCCACUUGUCUUCUCUAUUCGUUCAAUCCCAUUUAGAAAAUGAAGUUCGAAGAUUACUUGGUGGAGCAAGCUGACGAUCAGAAGCAGAAGCAGCAGCAACAGCAGCAGCAGCAGCAGCAGGAGAAGAGGAUCAUCCUGGAGCAAGAGGUUGAGAAGCUGCAGGCGGAAUUGGAAACACAGCAGGCAAUAGGGAAGGUGCUGCACUCUGCACUUCAUGGCCCUGUUGCGUCAGCAACGAAUUCUUCACUUGCCUCGUUGCUUCCUCCUCACGUGCAGGAGCUUCUGUCGGAAAUGGCAAUGGUGGAGGAGGAAAUCGUCUGGCUGGAGAGGAAAGUAGGUGAGUUGAAACUCGGCUUGUACAACGACCGGAAGCUCGCCAAAGAAAGGAAGUUACAACUGAAGCAGCAACAGAGACGGCAGAAGACAAAGCAUCAGAAGAAUUACUUGCCCCUGCCCCUGCCCCCGCCAGCGCCACCGUGCGCACCUGUAGGGGAUCGCUCUGUGGUUAAUGGUGAUCUCUACCAGGUUUCGAAAUCACAGCGCCAUGCGGGUGGUUUCAGAAGGGAGAGGUUCAAGUUCAGAAGAGCUUCUGCUGGUUCUGCAGAAGAACUGUUCUGCAUUCUUCCCACUGCUGCUGCUGCUUCCCCAAAAGCCGAAAAGCCAAAGAAGCAACACAGGCGAAGAUCAAUCAUGCAGAAGGAACCCAAAAUGCAGAGAGAAGUAGUAUGUUACGAGAAGCCAAAUGAGCUAUCGGAAGAACUCACCAGAUGCCUCAUUGGCAUAUUUCUUGAUCUCAACCAGACGUCAGCUGUUGAAGAAACAGAAGAUUCAGCUAUCGUCCCAAAGCAUAGUAUCAUCUCCCAUCGCACAAACUCGAAAGGGCCAAAAGCAGCUAUCUCAUCAUCAUUCAGCUGUAAACAACCUUCACCGUGUGUUUCUUCCCCUUUCAAUGGGUCGCCAUCUUCGAACAUUGAUCCUUAUGGAAUUAUGCCGGACGAAGACAGUGGUGGUAUCAGAGACAUUGGACCCUACAAGAACUUCAUCCAGAUUGGAAACAGCUCUUUGGAUAUCAGCAGCCGAUUCAAGCAAACUUCACUAGCUGCUGAAAAGCUAAGGGAUCUGGUGCAGAAAUUGGGGAAUGUUGAUUUGACGUUCUUGACAUACAAGCAGAAGUUGGCGUUCUGGAUCAAUAUCUACAAUUCCUGUAUAAUGCAUGCAUUUCUAGAACAUGGACUGCCUUCCUCACAGGAGAAACUGUUGGCAAUCAUGAACAAGGCUGCAAUCAACGUGGGAGGAAUGGUGUUCAAUGCUCUGGCUAUAGAGCAUUUCAUUCUCAGGCAUCCAUGUGAAGCAAGCUAUGGCCCUGUGGACGACAAGGAAAUGCUUCUCCGCCAUACUUAUGGUGUUGGAUAUCCAGAACCGAACGUGACAUUUGCCCUCUGUCGUGGCAACUGGUCGUCUCCUGCAUUGAGAGUAUACACAGCAGACCAAGUGGUGAACGAGCUGGGAAGGGCCAAAGCAGAGUACUUAGAAGCUUCAGUUGGGGUGGUGAGGAGCAAGAGAAAGAUUGUGGUGCCGAAGCUACUGCAAUGGCACAUGCGAGACUUUGCCGACGAUAUGGACUCACUACUGGAAUGGAUUUACAGCCAGCUAUCACGCUCUGGUUCGCUCAAGAGGCUGAUGAUGGAAUGUCUGAAUGGAGGAACCAAAUCUCCAGCCACAAAGAUGGUGGAGAUUCAGCCUUAUGAAUACGGUUUCCGCUACCUGCUGCCUUUCUAAGAAUGAAUCCAAACGAGAGUAGAGAUGAUAGAUAUCGACACAACAAUCAAGACCCUGACUGCUAUUAUAGAGACUGUCAAUACUUAGGUGGUAAUUUCUUGCUGUGCACUCAAGAUCAGCAGAAGUGAACAGCUGAUUUUGUAACUAAAGUUCUAUAACUUCAUUCUAGUUAAUACAGAGUUAAAUAAAGG